AUGAAUGCUGUGGAAAGUCCUGAGGGACAGGAGAUGCAAAAGCUGGGGAGUGGAGCCUGGGACAAUCCUGCCUACAGUGGCCCCCCUUCCCCAGAUGGGAUGCUGAGGAUCUGCACCAUCUCCAGUUUGGUGCCCCCCCAGCCCCAACCCAAGAAGCCUGAGGAUGGACACCAGGAGAAGGCGCACAGGACCCUGGUGUCCGGCUGCUGCUUCCAUAUCCGUCACGGCAUCAGAGGACUUUGGGGAACAACCCUGACUGAGAACACAGCUGAGAACCGGGAACUUUAUGUCAAGACUACCCUGAGGGAGCUUGUGGUAUAUAUCGUGUUCCUGGUGGACAUCUGUCUACUGACCUAUGGAAUGACAAGCUCCAGCGCCUAUUACUACACCAAAGUGAUGUCUGAGCUCUUCUUACAUACCCCAUCAGACACUGGUGUCGCCUUCCGGGACAUCAGCAGCAUGGCAGACUUCUGGGAUUUUGCCCAGGGCCCACUCCUGGACAGUUUGUACUGGACCAAAUGGUACAACAACCAGAGCCUGGGCCACGGCUCCCAUUCCUUCAUCUACUACGAGAACCUGUUGCUGGGGGCUCCGAGGCUGCGGCAGCUGAGGGUCCGCAAUGACUCCUGUGUGGUGCAUGAGGACUUCCGUGAGGACAUUUUGUGCUGCUAUGAUGUCUACUCUCCGGACAAAGAAGAGCAACUCCCCUUUGGGUCCCUCAAUGGCACAGCGUGGACAUAUCACUCACAGGAUGAGCUGGGGGGCUCCUCCCACUGGGGCAGGCUCACAAGCUACAGUGGAGGCGGAUACUACCUGGACCUUCCAGGAUCCCGACAGCCCAGUGCAGAAGCACUCCGGGACCUUCAGGAGGGUCUCUGGCUGGACAGGGGCACCCGGGUGGUUUUCAUCGACUUCUCAGUCUACAACGCCAACAUCAAUCUUUUCUGUGUUCUGAGACUGGUGGUGGAGUUUCCAGCUACAGGAGGCGCCAUCCCAUCCUGGCAAAUCCGCACGGUUAAGCUGAUCCGCUACAUCAGCAACUGGGACUUCUUUGUCGUUGGCUGUGAGAUCAUCUUCUGCAUCUUCAUCUUUUACUAUGUGGUGGAGGAGAUCCUGGAGCUCCACAUCCACCGGCUUCGUUACCUCAGCAGCAUCUGGAACAUACUGGACCUGGUGGUCAUCCUGCUGUCCAUUGUGGCCGUGGGCUUCCACAUAUUCCGAACCCUCGAGGUGAAUCGGCUGAUGGGGAAGCUCCUGCAGCAGCCAAACACAUAUGCUGACUUCGAGUUCCUUGCCUUCUGGCAGACACAGUACAACAACAUGAAUGCUGUCAACCUCUUCUUUGCCUGGAUCAAGAUAUUCAAGUACAUCAGUUUCAACAAAACCAUGACCCAGCUCUCCUCCACAUUGGCCCGCUGUGCCAAGGACAUCCUGGGCUUCGCCGUCAUGUUCUUCAUUGUUUUUUUCGCCUAUGCCCAACUCGGCUACCUGCUUUUCGGGACCCAAGUGGAAAACUUUAGCACUUUCAUCAAGUGCAUUUUCACUCAGUUCCGAAUAAUCCUUGGGGACUUUGACUACAAUGCUAUUGACAAUGCCAACCGCAUCCUGGGCCCUGUCUACUUUGUCACCUAUGUCUUCUUCGUCUUCUUCGUGCUGCUGAACAUGUUCCUGGCCAUCAUCAAUGACACAUACUCAGAGGUCAAGGAGGAGCUGGCUGGACAGAAGGAUGAGCUUCAGCUUUCUGACCUCCUGAAACAGGGCUACAACAAGACGCUACUAAGGCUGCGUCUGAGGAAGGAGCGGGUUUCAGAUGUGCAGAAAGUCCUGCAGAGUGGGGAGGAGAUCCAGAUCGAAGAUUUCACCAACACCUUGAGGGAACUGGGGCACACAGAGCAUCAGAUCACUGAGCUCACAGCCGCCUUCACGCGGUUUGACCGCGAUGGGAAUCGCAUCCUGGAUGAGAAAGAGCAGGAACAAAUGCGACAGGACCUGGAGGAGGAGAGGGUGGCCCUCAAGGCUGAGAUUGAGAACCUGGGCCAGUCCAUUGUGAGCAGCCCAUCAGGAGAGUUGGGCCUGGAGGCUACCAGACCAGAAGGCUGGGUUUCAGGAGACGAAUUCUACACGCUCACAAGGAGAGUUCUGCAGCUGGAGACUGUCCUGGAAGGAGUCGUGUCCCAGGUUGAUGCUGUGGGCUCAAAGCUGAAGAUGCUGGAGAGGAAGGGGCAGCUGGCUCCCUCCUCAAGCAUGGAGGAACAAGCCAUUUGGGAACACCUGCAGCCAGUCCCAGCUUUGACUUCAGUUCUCUGGGGAGUUCAGGGUGGACAGGAGAGUGUCGGGGAGGGGUCCUAAAGCAUCAGACAGCAGGCUCCUCUUUCUUUGCCUCCUCUCCACAUGCCCUCCGCUUUUAGGG